AUGUGGGCUGGUCCUGCAGAUCUAAAGCUGCAGAAUCUCCAUGGCACAGGGCAACAACAGGCUAUCCAAGCAGAGUCUUGGCUCAAUAAACAGUUAAUGACAAAAGAAUACACCAUCAACAUUCACAAGCGAAUCCAUGGAGUGGGCUUCAAGAAGCGUGCUCCUCGGGCACUCAAAGAAAUUUGGAAGUUUGCCAUGAAGGAAAUGGGCAUUCCAGAUAUGCGCAUUGACACCAGGUUCAAUAAAGCUGUCCGGGCCAAGGGGAUAAGGAAUGUUCCACAUUGUAUCCGAGUACGUUUGUCCAGAAAAUGUAAUAAGGAUGAGGAUUCACCAAACAAGCUCUACACACUGGCAACCUACGUGCCUGUUACCACAUUCAAAAAUCUACAGACGGUCAAUGUGGAUGAGAGCUAACCUGCUGAAUGUCAAAUAAAGUUGCAGAACUGCAAAA